GGGACUUUGUGUCGGUGGAGUCUCGGAGUUCGAUCGCUUGUGUCCGUUCUCUCUCUCUGUGUGUGUGUGUUUGUCUGGGCAGGGCAACACGUCCGUGCACCGCUAAACAAUUCUGUUGUGGCACUGGAUCUAUGUAUGUUAUAAGCCUUGUGCCAAGGACCAUGAACUGCUGCUGGAUGGUUAUGACGCGACUUUGAGAAGUGAUGAAACUUCUUGCCCAGAGCUGCCACGAUGAAAAUUUACGAUUGCAAGAGGGGAUUGUUGCCGCCGUAUCCAAUAUCGAAGCCAGUUCGCAACGAUGUCGCGUAUGCUGCAAACAGAAUGUGUGUGCGCCCAGCAUCCGCACACCCUCCGUCUAAUAGCUGUACUAAACCUGUUGAGAAUGCCCUCCAAACGCUCCACCAGAUGAUUGGGACAGUUCAGCCGAUGGCGCAGACGCAGGAGUAUAAAUCUCAACAAAUGCUUUCAGUUGUUAAAGCUAACCCACAAGCACCAAACACUACUUCAGCCCACCAAGUUGUUUCGCAGGCAGCAUCUCGACCUCUUCCGGGGAAAAGGCAAAUCCCAAUUCUUGCCAAAAACCAUGCAGUAUCGAGUACAAGAGUACAACAGCUUGCUGUAAACGGGCUCGUAUGGAUGACGACCACAACCACUGGCCAAAACGUCCAGUCUCCGAAUGCCCACAAUAUCUAUUCUGCGAGGGUAAUACCAGCCUUAAAUCCAGGUGUAGCUUAUCAGAAUGCAGCCCAGUCUUCGAAUUUAUUAAUUUCAUUAUCAUCUCCGAAUGGAAGUGUACCUCAAAUUUCAAUGGACCAAAAGCACGUAAAUCUUUCUGAAUCUGAAGGAAAUUGUAACUUGACUCUUGAUGAAACAGCAAAUAAUUUAGUGAAAUGUCACGGGCAGGUUCAAAUUCAGGGGGCUUACGGCAAGGUCGGUACAGAUCUGAACAAAGGUCCUGAAGGGAAUGUAACCUAUAAUGCGUCUGCUCAGCCUGGCCAGAGAAACUGGCCAGCUCUUACAAAUGGAGGACAAGUAAGAGCUGGCUCUUCUAACAAUACUCUGCAGGCUUCUGAAAGGACAGGACAAUCUGUUUGUUUGAGUUCACAGCCCAGCAUGCAGCACAGUUCGUCCAAUUCUUGGUUUGCAUCAACAAAUUCAAAUAGCCAAAAGAGAAUGGUGCUUGCCAGGGUUACUCCAAUGUCUCAUGACUGGAAAGACUUGCAGCAAAACCCACGUUCUCUUCAGUCUCCUGACCCUUCCAACGCCAAGGACGUGCAUGUGCAAGGCACUCAGUUACAUUAUAAAUUAAGUGAUCAGAAUGGAGUAUUCCAAGUUGCCAGUUCAACUUCUGAAAAGUUUGUUGAAAAGCAAAACCAAGCUACGCCAUCAUCCCCUACAGAGAUGAUGGAACAGAAGAGUGUUCCUUUUGUACCAGCUGUACCUCCCCUCACUUCUAAACCAGAGUUAUGCCCUCGAGAUGAUGUACAUAAUAUUCACUUCUAUUUUACGCCUUCAACUAUGAAUGAAGUCAGUAUUAUAACUUCUCAGGUACCUUCCAGUGUCAAUGCCCAACAGAAUUUAAUGUCCCCGGGAAAUCUCAAUGCCAACGUAAGUUCGCACAAUACAGUCCCUGAGACCUCGCAGUUCACCCCAUUGUCUCAUGGGCAUUGUAACUUUGGAGAAUCAUCAGUGGGCAGUUCAAAUUCAAUCUUCCAGCACACAGUGACUGCAUCUACAGUUGAAGUGGGGGCUUUGUGUAAUAGUGAGCAGCAGAGUACUAUCCCUCUUUCAGAUCCUCCAAAUUCUAUAAAUGUGCUCUGCUCAGCGGUCAAUUUAGCAUCUAAAAGUGUAGGCAAACAAACAAUUCAGCUUGUUUCUUCAGGUUCUAAUCCUUCGUCUGAGGCAUUUAGCACUAACACCUCUUUGCACUCCUCUGUUAGCCUUUUACCCAGGGAAAACUCUGAGGAGCAGGCAACCUCAGGCCUGGUACUUGUAAUUCCACCUUCUGUUCUUGUGCAGAAUUGCCAGAAUAUGGAGGCAUCUUCUGUCUGUAGCCCCUCUACUGUAUUAACUGGAGAAGAACAUGCACCUGUGAGACUUACUGAAUACCAAGGUGAAACCUCCAGCCUGGUUGUGGAUGUACCUACCCCAGAGUCUGAGAAAUCUAAAACUGCUCAGCCAGCAGCUACCAGCCUGUUGAACCUGAAUGGACAACCACAUCAAGAAAUUAUCAGCUCAUCUAUAGCCGAAGGAUUUGGGGAACAGGCAAAUUGUGGGAAUACAUCAGCCGAACCUAGUCAGGUGUCAGCUGAGAUGUUGGUGUCUUCCACUGAGCUGAAUGGGAAGAAGAGGAACCUAAUUUUGGAUGCAGAAGUAUUGCCGAAAGAUUGUGGUUUCCAUCAUGACGUGUUGCUGUGUGAUGGCCAGGAAAAUGCAACUGACAGUCCACCUCAAAAAAGGUUUAUGGCUUCUGCUGUGGAAGGUUCUUCAAAGAGUGAAAAUGUUUGUAAAAACGUACCUCUACCUGAUAAAAAGAAAAUGACAAACUCAUCAGAGUUGAAGACGUGCAGUGGCAACUCUGAGAAAAAUGAAGUGGUAGUCGCUGAUGAAACUGUUGCCAGUUGUAAUACAGAUCAGCCCGAGAUCUGUAUCACUGGAGUGUUUUCAUUGGGAGACAAUACCGGGAUGUGGAAAUCUGUUCAGCAGAGCUCCCCCUGCCCUGUGGUUGAUCUAACUAGCUCUCCACCAGAGGAAACGAAUGAUGCAUCAACAAUAAAAGAAACUGGAGAAUCCAGUUUGCAAGACCAAGCAGCGCAUGGAGGUUGUAAUAUUGUGAAGGAAAAUCCACAAGUGUCGUGUUUACUUCAGUCUAAUUUGGAGAGUGAACAAUGCCCAUCAGUAAAAGAAUUUCCACCAUUGGGACAUGCGCAAUCAGUAUUGGAGAGUUCACAGGAAAAACGCACACGUCAGCAGACCCCUCAAUCUGAUACUAGCCAGGUGAAUGUUUUAAUAGAUCUAACCGCAGACAAAGAUCAUUUCCCUGAACCCCAGCAGAGUCCUUCAGUGAUGCCAUCUGAUUUCAAAGAGCAAGAUGGGAAACUGGUUUGUGACCAUAGCACCAUGUCUGUUGAAAUUAAUAGCCCAACCCCUUUGAAAUUUUCAGAUAAUGAGCCUCAGGGUCUUGAUGAUCUUUUGCAUUCAAUUGACACAGAAAUUGAAACGUUACUGAAUUUCUGGAAUCCUUAUCCUCCCAAAUUUGCAUGUGCCAAUGUUGCAAAGUCAGCCAGCAAACACCACAAUCUGCACAAGAGUGAAAAUUGUGAGAGUAAAGUGCCAAAUAUUGCUAAAGAAACUGCAUCGAGUGUUUUCGAAGAAGUGCAAAUGCCAGAUGAGAGUGAGAAAGCUGGCCUGUCUGACAAUUUGGACUGCAACUCCUCUUGCAGUAUCAAGGUACUCGGACACACUGAGAUUCUGAAUCUGCUCGCGGAAAUAGCGAAACCAAAACUUCACGAGAAGCUGCCUCCAGGAAGUAUAUGGUCUGAAACGUUCAAUCACUCAGAUGCGAGGUUGAGUGAGGAAACUCCAAGCAAAGUUUCCCAGAAUGCCUGCAGUGAUGGAUGGAAGGCUGGCAGCUCCAAGGCAGUGACAAUGAAGCUACCUGUUAGACAGUGGGGAGAUCAAAAUCCUACAUUACAUCCUGUCACCAAUAAGAACAGCUGUGCAAAGAAGGGAAAACGGGAAAGGAAAGAAUAUUGUUGUAUUAAUGCCUGGCUAGCUGCAUCCGGUGUGCUUGGCAUAUAUUGCCAUUGUAAAUUAUCACAGGGAAAUAAAACUGAAAGCCAGGUAGAUUUGCAACAUGCCAUGCCUGAGACCCAAAAUAGCAAUGAGACUAGUAAUCCAAAUUGUAUUGUAAAACACAUGGACAUAGAGGCCACUUUACACAGUGUGCCAGUUGCCACUCAUAGGGGACAUGCUUUAGAAGUAUCCGAGAGCUGGAAUUCUGGGCCCAGAAGCUGCACUGACACUGCCCCUGACUCGAAUCAGGCUGAGGUUUUGAGAGACGUUAAGCAAGAUGUGUGUAUUGUCCAGGCUAUGCAGCAGCAGGCUCGUGAAAACAGUACUAGACUAGAAAACGAUGAGAUGGAAGGCUUGUGUAAGCCAGGUGUUGCAAACCCAAGUUCUCUCGGUAUGUCUGAAGAAUUGGAUAGAUUACCAUGCAAAGUUGCUUUUCACAAGAAAUCCGAUCUAAGGGAAAGCAAAGACCUUCCCCAAGAUCUGGUUGAAAUUGAACCAGAUAAAGACACAUGGACUGUUCUGGAACUUAAUGAAGAUAAAAAGAAAAAUGGGAACAAAGAUCCAUCUUCAAAUGUGUUGAGAAAGAAAAUUGGUCACCAAACUGGCAAGUGGCACGUUAACCGACACCUUGGAGUUAAGCUUGGAUUCAAGGUCAUGAAAAGGAAACCUGAUACUCCUAAUUGCCGGAGCCCACAGAAACAAAGGAAAAGUGAUACUUGGGGAAAGGAAAGAAAAUAUGCCAAAUGCCCUAGUCUGCAGAAGAACCAUCAUCCGCAGAAGAAAACAAGAUAUGAUGUUGCCGAUGCCAAACUUCUACCCAACUACAACUGCCAUGUUAUGAUCAGGGAUAAAACCUACUCCUCAUCGGGAGAACGUGCUGUACUUGUUAAUCUAGUACCUGUUUCUGGAAAGAUCUGCAAAACCAAGGUGAAAACACGAACCAAAUCUAAAUAAUUGUAAAAUGAAGAUUCUUCCUUUCCUGGCAACUUCUUAAUAUUGAGCCUUUAUUUUUUUAAAAGAAAGAUAAACCAUUUAUUUGUAUGAAGUACAAUAGUGCUUUUUUUUUGUUUGUUUUAUGUGACUGUUCCCUCUCAUCUUACUAAUGGCAUGGAGAUUGAAAUUUCCUACCAAGGCUUUGUGCAAAAAGUUUGAAUUGUUAAUUUGUCUCUUCCCACUUUAUUAUGACCGGAUGCUUCAUUGAGAGGUUGUCUAUUUGGUUUAAAUUGUAUGCAGAUCCACUUGGAGUAUUAGUUUGAUAUUAGAUUUGGUCAAAAGCUGCAAUAUUGAUUGACCUUAGUACCUCAGUUGAAUUGUACAUGGUGCUUGAUUUCAGUGUAUAUGUCUCAACAAGUUUUGUACACUAAGCAUUGAACAAUGUGCCACUAGCCACUCUGAACGAAGAAAUAAGUUACUGGGUAAAAAUUUCUUGUGUUAAAUAAGUCUGUUAUAUUUUCAGAAUGUAUUAUGAUAUUAUACACUGAUAAUUUGCUUUACUGUUUACAAAGACUUUUUUAUAUUGAACUUUAUAAUUUUUAACCUUGUUUUCUACUUCUGUGCAACUUGAAUUUUGCAUGAUGUUUGGAAUUAGUUUGUAGUUUGUUGUGUUAGUUUGUAGUUAGUCCCUAAGUUUAAAUUGUCAAAAUUGUACAUUAUUAAAG